AUGUUUGCGCGAGUUUCAGUCGGCAGGAGAGUCGAGGAGACGCGAGGAGCGCGCGACGGCCCGGACUUGUCUGAUGCGAGCACGCGAGCCGCGCCGCCUCUCUGCGCACUCACCGUUCAGUACGACUGGAAAACCUCUGAAGUAGAGCUUGAUGACUUAUCAGACGUGGACAUAACAUUGCUAACGCUUAGAAAACCUACGGAAUUGAAGAAAGUGAUUGAUUCUAUACCUAAACCCUCACGAGCCGUCCCAAAAAAUGGAUUGCCACUCUGGUACAGACUUGGGCUCGAAUGUAAAUUGCCAGUGCCGAAAAUGCCGGAGGGAAAGAUUGUGUUUUCGCGCGGAAAAAUCGGGGAAGAUGUACGCCGCCUGGGUCUAGGAGGCGGACCGCGUCCUACAUUCGACUUAACCGACCCGUAUUGCAACAAUGUCUCUUACGAUUACGUUCCUAUGCAUGAUCCACACUUGGCUCAUCAUUUCGCACAAAAACCCGCCAGAAGUAGAAUGACUUUGCUAGGUUUUUGUACUAAAGACGGCAGAGCAGUUUGUUCACUAAAAGAGUUUAAUCAAUACAGAAAGUAUUUGUAUAAUCAGUUUAUGGGUCGAAUUCAUAUGGAGAUAAAGCAUUUGAAUGAAAGAGCCAAAGAUGACCUAACCCUCAAACGUGUAGACGUGGAUGUGGCGCGGCGCUUACAUGCGUUCACUAAGGCGGAGCGUGCGAGAGAACAUUUAGAGAGGGUUGCCCAGGAACACGCUGAUGAAUGGGCAGAAAAAAGGAGACAAGCGAAAGAACAAGAGAGAAAAAUUCAAGCUAGAAUGAAAUAUCUAGCAGAGUUCAAUGAGAAACAGCGCAAAGAGAGAGCUGCUCGCGCUCACGAGAAGGAAAAUAGAAUCAAGCAGAGAGUGCAGGCUGCCGCUGAAAUGGAACUACGACGUAAAAUUACAAUGGUGCGACAAUGGCGUAGCAAUGAAAGGAAAAGAUUGAACAGAUUAAAGCAAGAAAGAGAAGCAAAACAGAAACGUUUAGAAGAAGAGGCUAAUAACAAAUGGAAGGCUCGUGUUGAUGCCCAAAACCUAAAGAUUCAAGAAGAGGCCCUUCUUCUUAAGCUUUACACGGAUGAUAUGAAUGCUGCCGCCACCAGAAGAGCCAAGAAAGCGGAAAUUUAUGCAUACAACACUGACUUGGAACUACAGCGAAUUAGAUUAGCUAAUUUCAAACUGAUGCAUGGAGGUACUGCGAAGGCAGCACAGCUUGUCCGCAAAAUGGGGAACGAAUUUGAGAAGUCAAAGCGUGGCGCAAAGGGCAUGAGCCCUGAACUCGCACAACGUUUAGCGGUGGAAGCUAUGACAUCAGCAGUGUCUACUCAAGGAGAUGCACUCAUGACUCUAGGACAGGCUCGGGCUCGAAUGGACAUGGAAACGGUUCUACCUACUGCGCCAAUUAAAAUUCUGGAUGAGAUGUUGGAAACUGCUGUGAUGGAGUUCGCUAGACGACGUGUGGACCAUCUGCUACGUGAUAUCCAGCGGUUGGUUCGAUCAAGAGCGGCACUCGUGUUCUUCCAAAACUUUCGUCCUAGCACUGUGGGGAGGAAACGGGCAUCCAAAGCACCGAGGUGGUCUGUCCAAGUGGCGACGGAGUUGGCGCGCCAGCACAUGAACGGGCGAGGCGCCUCCAUAGCUUUUGGCGACAUACAAAAUAUAGCAGCGGAUACAACUACGGAAAUGGACAUGAAAAGCGUGAAAGACCGUCCGCCAACACCUGUGCCCUCGAAGACGAAAUUAGCAGAAGUGACUUUCUCCGAUCGUGUUGAGGAUUUACCUGAUCCCGUCUCUGUGGGAACUUAUUUGCCUGAGAGAAGAAAAUUGCUCGAGAUGAUUAAUGUCGCAGCAAAAUUGAUGUCUCGUUCAGUAAGCCAGCGAGUGCAAAAGGGUAUGGAUCCGAUUGUGGGGACGGUAACUCUACCACAUAUGAGGCAUUCAAUGGAAUGGGGUGAAGCGGUGGAAGGGUUAGCGGGCGCGGUGGUAGAUAACAGAGUGCACGUCGAAUGCGCGGAUGUACGGCGUACCAGUGAAUUCCUCGCCCACCGCAUACUACGAUUGUUGCUCAUUGAAAUGCGUCAACAGAAACAGAGGCAUAGUCUAGCGGUUCACAUCCCUACCACACAUCAGUACCACAGAUUGAUAAUAGUUAAAGAAAAAGUACAGACGGACAUA